AUGGACUACUUCCUCGACAAGGAGCGCAUGCCCUCCUUGCUCGCUCCCUUCUUCACCCUCUCCUACCCAGUCGCUACCCCAAACGACCCAGACUGCUUCCCCAACGCGACGUUCUACGAUAUCGGCUACGCCGACAUCUGCUUCGUCGUCUCCCUCAUCGCCCUCCUCGCCGUCCUUCGCGACGGCUCGCGUCUCCUCGUGCUCGAACCCUUCGCCAACUGGAAGCUGACACGAGACUGGAGACGUCGAAACGAAAACCCGAAACCAUUCGCGAACGGCAAGUCGAACGGACAUGCUGCCAGCGCAAACGGUUCGGCCAAGUCCCUCGAGCAGAACGGUGUAGGUGAACGCUUGCAGCUCCGUACAGAUUCACCAGAGGGACGCCAUAUACACCGGAGCACGCUUCGCUUUGCAGAGCAAGGCUGGCUGACUGUCUACUAUUGUUUCUCCUGGUCUAUGGGGCUCUACGUUAACAUGAACCUUCCCUCCGACUUUUGGUCCGGCUACCCCCACAUACCCCUUCCAGGCCCAGUAAAACUCUACUAUAUGAUGCAGACCGCAUUUUACUUUCAUUUGCUUCUCGUCAUCAACGCGGAGGCUCCACGGAAAGACCACUGGCAGAUGAUGACCCACCACGUUAUCUCCUGUGCGCUCAUCAUCGCCAGUUACGCGUACAACUUCACUCGCGUCGGCUGUCUGAUCAUGGUCCUCAUGGACUGGUGCGACAUCGUCCUCCCCCUCGCCAAAAUGCUCCGAUAUCUCUCCCUCCAAGUCGCAUGCGACAUCACGUUCGGAAUCUUCCUCAUCUCCUGGGUGGCAACCCGCCACAUCCUCUUCAUCAAAGUCAUCAUCUCCGCCUACUCCGACGCGCCCCGUCUCAUCCCCUUUGACUGGAUUCCGGAACGCGGGUAUUACCUCACGCACGACGUCUAUGUCAUCUUCGUCUCGCUGCUCGUUUCUCUCGAGAUCAUUCAAAGUAUCUGGUCCUACCGUAUUUUCGCUAUCGCAUGGCGCGUGGUCAUGGGUUAUGGAGCGGACGACGAUCGUUCAGACGAAGACGAGUAA